AAAAACGUCGAAAUUUUGGACGUUACACCGGGCUUAUACCUUAAUCUAUAAAUACAAAGAUUUUUUGAAAAUAUUUUUGUCUUCGUGAUUAUAAUUAUUUUUUAUUACACUUUAUUAUUGAACGUUAUUGUGUAAUAUACGAAAUUGAUUAAAUAGAAUAGAGUUAAAUAUAAAUGACUAAGAUGUGGACAACUAAAAGGAAAAGAUAAAGGAUAUUAUCUAUUGGAACACUCCUACUGUAUCUUUGAUCAAAACGGAUGUAUAUAAUCAUGAGAGUAGAAAAUUGUCAUAAGUAAUGAAGAUCGCAGCAUCACCGUCAAAAUGUCACGAAAGUUACAAUUCAUAAUAUGCAUAUUUUGCGUGAUUUUAUAUUUAUCAACUUGUUUACUUUUUUUACAAUUAAAAACUAAACUACAUUUAAUAAAAAAUAUUUUUGUUGAAAGAAACAAUAAAACAGAGGAUACAGAUCCACCUUCAACAACUUUAUCACACAAUCAAAGAUUUGUUAAUUCGAAUAUAAAAAUAUUACAGUAUGAUAAACUUGAGUUCAAAUAUCAGCAGGAAAAUGGAUUAUUACUUAAAGAAAUUUCAAAUAUUUGUAUAAAAUAUAAUUUAAAAACUCCAUUAAAAAGAGAACAUUUCUUUUACAAUUCUAAACAUAAAUCAUUAUACUGUUGGAUUAGGAAAAUUGCGUCUACUAGUUUUACAGCAUUAUUCUCUAAUAUGCAGGAACAUAGAAAUAUGCAUUUAUUAGUACCGCCAAGUUCAAACGAAUUGGAAGGUUCGAUAAACGAUCCGAAUAUUUUUAAAUUAUUAGUCGUAAGACAUCCGUUUGAAAGACUUGUUUCCUCAUACAGAGAUCGUAUAGAAGAUAAUACAAAAUAUACCGCUCAAGCUUGGAUUUAUACUCAAAAAAUAUAUCGCUUUACAAGACCAAAUUUGUUUCAUUAUAAUAGAACAACUGGUAAUUUUUUUCAACAAAUAUUUACCCAUGAUAGAAGGUUAAAAAUAAUACCAACAUUUAAAGAAUUUGUAGAAUGGUUGUUACAGGAGUCUCCUGAACAUGACGAUGUACAUUGGGAUCGAUAUUACACUCAUUGCGCUCUUUGUAAUAUACAAUAUAAUUUUAUUUUAAAGUUAGAUCAUUAUACUAACGAUCAAAUUAAUUACAUUCUAUCUAAAUUUGGAAUAGAUAAAAACAACAUGUAUUUGCCAAAUUUGGAAGAGAGUAAGGGAGGAUGCACCGAUUACAAACAGACUUGUAAAUAUUUCCAAAACUUGACAGAAAACACUAUUUUUAAAUUGUACGAAAGAUAUAAAAUAGAUUUUGAAAUGUAUAAUUAUGAUUUGAAUAAGUACUUGCUAUGUAAAUCAGAAAAUACUAACAAUCAUAUAUAAUAAUAAUUGCGCAAAAUAUGUGUAAAAUUA